AAGGAGAGCUUUCGGGUCCCGGAAAGGGCCUGGCCGUGUCCAGGUCACCAUGGGCACUGGAAGGAUGGCCACCCAGCCGCUGACCAAGAAGGCCCUGGGGUCGGUGGCGUUCAGGGAUGUGAUUGUGGACUUCACCCCGGAGGAGUGGCAGCAGCUGAAGCCUGCGCAGAAGGACCUGUACAGGGACGUGAUGAUGGAGACCUACUGGAACCUGGUCUCGCUGGACUUGGAGACUAGACCCGACAUGAAACAGUCGGACCCGCAGGAGGAUGACUGGGGAGACAGACCAUCCGCUGCAGUGGUUGCAGAAGAACCCACGAGUAAUGGUGCCCAGGGUUGCACGUGGGAAGGAGCAGGGACACAGGGUGACCAGGCGGGGCAACAACAGGGGAGCCCAGGGACCUGUCUGGGGCAUUUGGACAUGUCUCAAGUGUUAGCCCCUGAACGUUGUGAUUUCAAGGCACUUGACCACCAAAGGCCCAAGCUGGCCCUGCAAAGAUCGGAAGGAUUGAGAGGAGUGAGGACGUACCCUUUUACCAUGUGUGGGAACAACUCAGGUACUUCAAGCCUCAGUCCUUCCUCCCAACUCUGUGCAGAGAAGGCCUAUAAAUGCGGACAGUGUGGCAAGGCUUUCAGCUAUAACUCAUCCCUGAAGGAGCAUCAGCGAAUCCACACUGGGGAGAAGCCUUUCUCAUGUGCCACGUGCAGUAAGCAGUUUACCCUGCGGUCUUCCCUCACCACCCACCAGCGCCUACAUACUGGGGAGAAGCCUUACGCAUGCGGGGACUGUGGCAAGGCCUUCAGCCAGAAGGCGCACCUCAUUCAGCACCAGAGGACGCACACUGGGGAGAAUCCGUAUGUGUGUGGGGAAUGUGGCAAGUCCUUCAGCCAGAAGGCACAUGUCAUACAGCACCAGAGGACGCACACUGGAGAGAAGCCGUACACGUGUGGGGCCUGUGGAAAGGUGUUCAGCCAGAAGGCGAACAUCAUCCGGCACCAGAGAAUGCACACCGGGGAGAAGCCAUACACCUGUGGGGAUUGUGGAAUGGCCUUCCGGCUGAACAGGAAACUCAUUGAACAUCAGAGCACGCACACCGGGGUUAAGCCCUAUUUCUGUAGGGACUGUGGCAUGGCCUUCAGUCGGAAUGAUUACCUGAUCACACACCAGAGGACGCACACCGGGGAGAAGCCUUAUGCAUGUGGGGACUGCGGCAAGGCCUUCAUGCACAACAGGAGCCUCAUUGCCCACCAGAGGACGCACACUGGGGAGAAACCAUUUGUGUGCGGGGACUGCAGCAAGGCCUUCAGCCGGCAGGAGUGCCUCAAAGCGCACCAGAGGACACACACUGGGGAAAAGCUCUACACAUGCAGAGAUUGCGGCAAGGCCUUCAGGCAUAAAGGGAACCUCAGCCUACACCAGAGAACUCACACCGGGGUGAAGGCGUACGUGUGCAGUACCUGUGGCAAGGCCUUCAGCCGGAACAGGAGCCUCAUCGUGCAUCAGAGGAUGCACACUGGGGAGAAGCCGUACGCAUGCAAAGACUGCGAAAAGGCCUUCAGCCGGAUUGAGCACCUUAUGGUGCAUCAGAGGACGCACACCGGUGAGAAACCGUACAUGUGUGGUCAGUGCGGCAAAGACUUCACGCAAAACUACUCUCUCAUUGAACACCAGCGCGUGCACACUGGGGAGAAGCCCUACAAGUGUGCCCAGUGCGGCAAGGCCUUCAGGCAAAACUCCUCGCUCAGGGAGCACCAGCAUGUGCACACCGGGGAGAAGCCCUACACAUGUGCCCAGUGCGGCAAGGCCUUCCGACAAAAUUCCUCACUCAGGGACCACCGGCGUGUGCACACUGGGGAGAAGCCCUACAACUGCAGCCAGUGCGGCAAGUUCUUUAGCCUGAAAUCCUCUCUCAGGAAGCACCAGCGCUUGCACACCGGGGAGUAGCCCUACCAGUGCUCCAUCUCCAGAGGCCCCAGAGGAGGAUGCACAUGUAGCAGAGGGGCCAGAAAUCUCAGAAUCCGCACCGAACUGGCAGGUCUUGAGUCCAUGGGUCAGUACCAGACUUGACAGUGAGCCCACAGGUAGGGGGCAAGAGAAGUCCUACCCAGAUGGGUCAUCGGGGGCCCCGGGGACAGGCCACACCAUGCUUACCUUUGCUUCCGCAGCCUCAGCAGGGCCGUGUGGAAAGCAAGUCCCCCUCCAGGUCCUGUAUCUGGAAGCACGGCCUGGGGCGCUAUGGCUCCUCACCUGGCUAGACGAUGAGUAUGCGGGGGAUGUGGCAGGACCUUUGGCCAGAAGGUGCACAUGAUCCAACACCAGAGGACACACCCUGGGGAGAACCUUUUGUGUGCAGGGACUGCCGCAAGGCUUCCGACAGAAAGGGAACCUCAGAGAGCACCAGAGGAUGCACAUCAGGGAGAAGCCAUACACGAGCAGGGACUGCAGAAAGGCCUUCAGCCAAAACUCCUCGCUCAGGAAGCACAGCUGGGUGCACACGGGAGAGAAGCCCUACAAGUGCUCCAUCUGACAGAAGUGCUUCAUGGCUCACUCGUCCUUGCAGGAGCGGCAGACCAACCACACACAGUGUGGAGAAAGCUUGUAAGUGCUGCCAGUGCUCAAAGCCUUUGUCAGGAAUACCUUCCUCCCUGUCCACCAGAGAAUGCACGUGGGAGACAAGCCCUACGAGUGUGACAAGUGCGGGAAACCCUUCAGAGGGAAUUUCAACAUCAUGCGACACCAGAGGAGGAUGAGGUGGGGUGUAUCAAUCCGCACUCAACAGGCAGGUCCUGAGCCUGUGGAUGAGUGCCAGACUUGAUAUUGGAGCCCACAGGUAGGACGCUAGAGGUGACCUGCACAGACGGGCCGUAGGAAUGUGGGCGCCGAAGACAGGCCAUCCUGUGCUCACCCUUUGUUUUUACAGUGUCCUUGUGGAAAUCAAACCCACUCUACAGGUCUAGUAGAGGAGAGCGUGGCCAGGGGCACUGUGGCUCCCAACCGAGCUGGAGUAAACUGUCCUAUGAGCGUGGAGAACGCAUUUAGCAUCUCUGGGUGUCCAUCUGCAUAGUCAAGUGCAGGAGGGGGAGGAGAAAGGAAGAGGAGAGUGGGCUCCAUGGGGACAUUGUCACUUUGUCACACAGGGCGGGAUCUAGUCCAGAGGUCAGGUUGUUGCCAUCUUGUGUGUUUCCUCUUUUUCCCCCACUCACAGCCCCUAGUUGCCCUGCAACACCAGCUGGAAGGCCCCACGGUCAUAAGCUGUAGAAUUUACCAGGUGGUUCAUGAGGAGAAAAAAAUAUUUUUUUCAGGAUUAGGAAAUAACAGUAAUCACUUCAGA